AUGAAUGUUCGGAUGUGGUAUUGAUGUGAGUUUGAUUUGUCUACUUAGUUUCAGUGAUACUGUUCGCCAUCUAUUCGGAGCAUCAGUUGUUAUCACCGGCCAUAAUUUCCAGCAAACUCACAACAAUGAAAUGGCAGAGGCUGUGACGAAAGAUUUUGGAAGGAUUGACAUCUUUGUGCAUUCUCUUGCCAAUGGACCAGAGGUAACGAAGCCACUCUUGGAGACAUCUAGAAGAGGGUUUCUUGCUACAAUUUCAGCUUUGAGUUACUCUUUUGUCUCCCUGCUUCGGCACUUUCUUCCAAUAAUGAAUCCAUGUUUCUUUCGAUUCCAUGAAAACAAAACAAUUGCAUGUUCCAUUUGUGUGUAUAUUUCAACUUGAGAUCCUGACAAGAACAUCAUUAUCAAUCCAUCAUUAUAUCUUCUUCUUUACACACAGAAUAAAGCAAUGCUAGUAGUUAUAAUAAAACCCAAAAUAAAGUUAUCAAACAAUUCCUUUUCUUGUUGGCACAUAGAUUUUAUAUCUCAUCUUCACUUUGUUUUGGAUGUCUCCGUUAAACAUGGCAAGCGGUGCUUCAAUAUCUUUGACAUACAUAGCUUCCGA